CCCACGGUACACCCUGAAGGUUCUGCAACACUGCGCCAUUAAUUAAGGUUUCGCUUUUUUUGUGUGGACUGGACUUGUUUUUUGUAUUUCUUAUUUUGGGGGGUUGCGCGCAAUGAUGGCCACUUACCAGAACCCGGAGGAUGACGCGAUGACCUCCCUCAUGAUCCACGACGCCAACGCCGCCAAGGAGAAGGAGCGAGCCAAGGAGGAGCCGGCGGCGCAGGAGAAAGUCCCGGAGAAAGCCGACCCGUCCCAGAAGCCGCCGUACUCCUACGUCGCGCUUAUCGCCAUGGCCAUCCGCGAGAGCUCCGAGAAGCGCCUCACCCUGUCCGGCAUCUACCAGUACAUCAUCACCAAGUUCCCCUUCUACGAGAAGAACAAGAAGGGCUGGCAGAACAGCAUCCGGCACAACCUGAGCCUCAACGAGUGCUUCAUCAAAGUCCCGCGGGAGGGCGGCGGGGAGCGCAAGGGGAACUACUGGACCCUCGACCCGGCCUGCGAGGACAUGUUCGAGAAGGGGAACUACCGGAGGCGCCGCCGGAUGAAGCGGCCGUUCAGACCGCCGCCGACGCACUUCCAGCCGGGGAAGUCGUUGUUCGGAGGAGACGGCUACGGCUACCUGUCCCCGCCCAAGUACCUGCAGUCCAGCUUCAUGAACAACUCGUGGUCGCUCGGCCAGCCGCCCACCCCGAUGUCCUACACGUCCUGUCAGAUGGCGGGCGGCAACGUGAGUCCCGUGAACGUCAAGGGGCUGUCGGCCCCGUCCUCUUACAACCCGUACUCCCGCGUGCAGAGCAUGGCGCUCCCCAGCAUGGUGAACUCUUACAACGGCAUGAGUCACCACCACCACCACCCGGCGCAUCCCCACCACGCGCAGCAGCUGAGCCCGGCGACGGCGGCGCCGCCUCCGGUGUCCUCCGGUAACGGAGCGGGCCUCCAGUUCGCCUGCUCCCGUCAGCCCGCGGAGCUGUCGAUGAUGCACUGCUCUUACUGGGAACACGAGACCAAACACUCGGCGUUACACACGAGGAUUGAUAUUUAAGAGUGUCUUGAAAUGGUCUGUGUAGAAUAAAUAAAAAGAAGGAGGAGAAGAAGAGAAAGAGAUGAAAAAAGAGGAGUGAGAAGGAGAAUAAAUUCCUGUGAUUUCAAAAACCG